UUGAAACCCAUCAAACUCUCCUCUUUAACUGCUCAAGAUUGAUUGAGCAAUUUAAAAGGAGCUAUAACUUCUUCAUUAUUUGCUCAAUAUGGCUCUGAUUGGUAGAUUCAGUUCUUUAAAGCCAAGAAAUAUGCACCUCGCUGUGUCCAUUAAUUUUGAAGCCCUAUUCAACCAAAAAAAUAUGACGUUAAAGGGGGACAAUGAUCCACAAAUCAAUGGAGACAAUCUUGACAGCACACUGGCAGUCAAUAGUAUCAACGCUAAUGUUAACUUGAAUGUUGUAGAAGAAGAAGAUAAUAUAAGCAAUGGUAACAUCUUGAAUGUUGCAGAGAAAGAUAAAAACACUAUAGCAUUCUUAGCGACUGUGAUCGACGAGGGAAGUCCUCCAGAAACCAAUGAUUUACUCAAUACAAAUAACACUACUACACAAUCAAAUCCACCAACAACCGACACUGGAAAACCUCCAGUAACUAAUCCUGCUCCUGAUGCUGUUACUUCAUCAACAACGAGCCAAAAGAACACCAACUCAUCAUCCUCUUAACUAUUUAGCUUUUAUUAAUAACUAAUGUUGCAGAAGAAUAAAUUAUCUUGUGUGUGUGUGUCCAGUCAGUCAUAGUGGUGGGCUAGUUAGCUGGUAGAUUUAAUAUUCCUCAUCAUGGAAUCUGAUCGAUAAAUCUACUUAGUUCAUUUUUAAUUUCCCAUGUUCUUGUUUCUGUUCUUUUAUCAUUUGUUUUUGU